AUGACAUUAUAAUAAGAUAACAAUAAAGCUUUUUGUAUAGGUGUUUGUGGAGGAAGUUCUGCUGGGAAAAGUAUUAUUUCAAAUUUGAUUAGUUAAUCAUUGAAAGAAUUCAAAUUAGUAGUUGCAUCAUUAAAGCAAACUGACUUUUAUAAGAAUCCUCCAAAAAAUAAUAAAAAUGAUGUCUUAAAAGAAUAUAAUUUUGACUAACCUGAUGCUGUAGACUGGAAACAUAUGAAAGAAUCUUUAGAAACUUUAAUUUAGAGAAAAGAUAUUCAUAUUCCUUAGUAUGAUAUUAAUUAAUAAGAAAGAAAAAGUGAAACUUAACUUAUGAAAAAGGCUGAUGUUAUUGUUGUGGAAG